ACCAUCCCAAUAAUGGCUCUUCUCAUCCUCCUCACAUGGUUUUCUCUGUUCCUUUCUCCUCAUCCUCUUCGCGAAAAGCUUCAACAACAAAAACAAAACAGCAACGAAGACUAUGACUACAACGACCAAGAAGCAGAAGAAACUCCCUCCAGGGCCUCCACCACUCCCCAUCAUAGGCAACCUCCACCAGCUCGGCCACUUGCCUCACCAGUCUCUAUGGAAACUCUCUAGACAGUAUGGCCCCGUCAUGCUCAUCCACCUCGGCUGUGUACCCACAAUCAUCAUCUCCUCCCCCAGUGCUGCUAGGGAGGUCCUCAAGAUCCACGACCUCGAUUGUUGCAGCCGCCCACGGCUACUCGGCACAGGACGCCUCUCUUAUGACCACCUUGACAUCGCCUUCAUUGAGUACGGCGAUUAUUGGAGGGAGGUGAGGAAGCUGUGCCUGCUCAACUUGCUUAGCGCCAAGCGAGUUCGGUCCUUCCGGUAUGUCAGGGAAGAGGAGGUAGGUUCAAUGAUUGAGUCAAUCGCAAAAUCAGCACGGAGCGGAACUCCAAUCAAUAUGAGAGAGAAGUUCAUGGCUUUGACGAUUAGCAUCACUUGCAGGGUCGCAUUUGGGAAGGCGUUUCCGUGGAUGGAGCUCAACGAUGGAAAGUUUAUGGACAUGAUUGACGAGGCAACAGCGAUGUUGGGAAGCUUCUCGGCAUCUGAUUUUUUCCCUCGAUUCGGCUGGAUUGUGGACAGGUUCACAGGGCUCCAUGCGAGGUUGGAGAAAAGCUUUCGCAAGCUGGACAAUUUCUAUCAGAAAGUGAUCGAAGAGCAUCGGAACGCAUAUAAGAGCAACGAGGAGGAGGAGGACAUUGUCGAUUUGCUGCUGAAGAUGGAGAGGGAUCGGACUGAGCUCGCGGGAGUUCAGCUCAAGGAAGAUAACAUCAAGGCAAUAUUGAUGAAUAUAUUUCUAGCUGGAGUGGAUACCAAUGCAAUUCUCAUGGACUGGACAAUGACCGAGCUAGCUAGGAACCCGAGGACGAUGCAAAAAGUUCGAGAGGAGAUCAGGAGUUGUGUUGGAAACAAGAAAUUGGUCGUAGAAGAUGACCUUCCCAGGCUCAAAUAUCUCAAGUUAGUACUCAAGGAGGUAAUGAGGUUACAUCCUCCAGCUGUUCUACUCAUCCCGAGGGAAACCAUGGGCCACUUCAACUUGUUUGGCUAUGAUGUCGACCCAAAGACCCGUGUCCACGUCAACGUGUGGGCCAUCGGGCGAGACCCGAGCCUGUGGGAGGACCCUGAGGAGUUUGUGCCUGAGAGGUUCGAGAAUAGUCCAAUCGAUUACAGUGGGAAUCAUUUCGAGCUGUUACCAUUUGGGGCCGGGCGAAGAGGAUGCCCCGGGAUUUCAAUGGGGAUGGCAAUGAUCGAGCUAGCGCUCACCAAUGUCUUGCACUCCUUCGACUGGGAAUUGCCACAGGGAAUGACGGAGGGAGAUGUGAGCAUGGAGGAAGGGGCUGGCCUGAACGUAUCCAAGAAAGUGCCACUUACUCUGCUGCCAGUUACACCAUUUUAUAAAACCGAUGCAUGACAAAAUCGUAUUAAGCGAAAAACAUUAUAUUUCACAAUGUUUUUGUACUUAAUUAUGAUCAAUUGCCUUAAGGGUGUAUGGUACGAUGCUAUAGCAUACGACAUCUCCAUACAGAUAGUAUAUUGCUUCCUAGGCAAUUAAUAAAAAGGCCCAUUUGAGGAGUUUGCGCUUUGUGACUAUAGAGUGAGAAUUCUACUUUCUUUCUACAGCAUAGCAUAAUGAAGUUUUUUUUUUUUUUUUUUCGGAUUAUUGGUCAUGCGAAUCACUUGUGGGCUAACAAAUUGUACUUGUAUCCCCUGUAUGCAAAUUACUUUGAGA